GCGUAACUUUGAGGCAACUUUGGCAGUAAGUUCCUCCUCUACGCGCUGUCCUCAAGCUUAUAUGUGCGGGAGAGCAAAGCAGACUCUUUACUGUUCUGGCUCGGCACUGCGCGGUGGGAGAAGACUAACAACACAAGCACGCAACGAGGAACCCAGCUUUUCCUUCUCCGAGUUUCAGAGCACAUCUGAGACUAGCCUUUUCCGUAUCUUUUGCACAAACUCUAAGCCAGAGGCAAACUAAACGCCUUCGCAUCCAAAGGCUCCAAGUCGGUCCUCAAAUGAGAAAUCAUCUGCUACUGUCUUCUUCUGAAGAAACAGAAAUGUCUGCGACCAUCCUGUCCGCUUUCUACGACAUCGACAUGCUGUACAAGGAGAAGAGCCUGAACAUGAACGCCAUUCACAUUAACAGUAUGCUGGAUAAGAAAGCAGUCGGGGCCCCGGUAACGACCUCCAGCAGCAGCGCCAACAACUGCAACUCGUACGCGUCAGGAUUCUUCCGUCGAAACUCCACCAGCAACAUGGAGUCCAUGACAAACGGCAACAAGUACCCCGCCAGUCCCUACAGCAGCAUGAAGGAGAACGCCAUCAUGAACAAGGAGAACAAGUUCCGCGACCGCGCCUACAGCGAGAACGCCCAGCAGCUGCAGCAGAAGCCGGGCUCGCAGAUCAACUCCACCCGCUACAAGACGGAGCUCUGCAGGCCCUUCGAGGAGAACGGCGCUUGCAAGUACGGCGAGAAGUGCCAGUUUGCGCACGGCUACCACGAGCUGAGAAGCCUGUCUCGCCACCCCAAGUACAAAACCGAGCCCUGUCGCACUUUCCACACCAUCGGCUUCUGCCCAUACGGUCCGCGGUGCCACUUCAUCCACAACGCCGACGAGCGCAGACCGGCGCCGAGCAACGCCAACAGCGUGCAGGGAGAGUCCGCCAAGCCCGCUCGCUGCGAGCCGGUGAGCGGCUACGGACAGCAGCACCAGCACCGACCGAAACUCCACCACAGCCUCAGCUUCUCGGGUUUCUCCAGCCACCACCACCACCACGGACUCGACUCGCCCCUUCUCGAGAGCCCCACGUCGCGCACUCCGCCUCCCUCCAGCGGCUCCUCCUGCGCCGCGAGCUUCUACGAAGACGCUCGGUGCCUCGGAAACAGUGCCUUCUCUUUCACCGGCCAAGACCUUAAAGCCCUGCUCGCGCCGCUGGCCGUGCACACGCACAACGGUUAUUACGCAAACCUUCAGGUCAACAUGGGCGACGGCCUCGGCCACUUGCAGUCCCUCCAGCGCCUGUCAGAGUCGCCGGUGUUCGACUCGCCCCCCAGCCCGCCCGACAGCAUCUCUGACCGGGAGAGCUACGCCAGCGGCUCGCUCAGCUCCUCCGGAAGUCUCAGCGGCUCCGAGUCUCCCAGUCUGGACGGCGGGAGGCGUUUGCCCAUCUUCAGCAGGCUGUCGAUUUCCGAUGAUUGAUCCGCUUUAGUUGCUGUUGCUGUGGACUCGAUAGCGGAGGAGUCUCCCGUUUAGAUACGUAGUUGAGCAAUAGACUUUUUAAUCUCGAGGGAGAUGGAUUUGUUUUUGUCAGACUCUCGACAUGGCAUUAGUCUGUUUGAACUGCUUUGAAGGCAUUCCACCGGUGCAGUUUGUUGCAUUCUCUUGGUCUUUUUGGACCACCUACUUUCCAGAUUUUUGUACAAAAGACUUGUGAACGUGAAAGACAGAGCGGUUUCAGAUUUUCCUUCAUCCUUGCCAAGAAUAUGCCUUGACGAAAAGUAUACUAGUUUUCAAAGUAUGUACAUCCAUUCCAAAAGUUAUCCAGUAUCGCGACGCCACCCAGUGGUUUGGUUGGUUUGUGCAGUUUGAAGCUCUCUCGUUUGGCUUGUUGGGAAAUCACUGCUGAUGGUUGAAUAUAUCUAUUUCUUUUUUUUUUCUUUUUCUUUUUUUUUUUUUUUUUUCGCUGAUACGAGUGAUUACAUAGCAGUGCUUAACUGGCUAUGAACUAUUUAACUUAUUUAUUUUAUCUUGUGAAAAGUAUAGGCUACAUUGUUAAUUGUCCAUACUGUAUUUAUCGAGUAUGAUGAAGCAAUAGAUCUAUAUUCUUUUAUUAUGUUUAAAUUAUGAUCGCCAUUAUUAAUCUACAUAAAGUGGAGUGUAUGUUCUUUUCACAGUAAUAUAUAUUUUUGUUUGGUCUCUUUUUUUGUAACUUCACUUUAUUUUAUUGUAAAUGAGUAAAAAAAAAAAAAAAAAAAAACUUAAUUUAAGAGAUUGUAUGUGAUAUUUAUUUCAUUAAUUUUGUUUCCUUGUUUACGUUCAUUAAAAAAAAACAGUUUGUGUGAUUUGCAGUUUGUUGGGAUCUUACUUUUCAGAAGGGUUCUUUUUUUUUUUUUUUUUUUUUUUUUUUUUUUUUUUUUUUUCCCAUUCUGGAGAAUCGUCAGACACGGUUUGUCUGUAGAAUGUAUAAACUGUGGUUGGCAGAGGACCGUCCGAACAUGUACUAGCCUUAAAUUUUCAUAGAAAUCAGAUUUCAAAGAUCCCAAGUAAAUCGAUUAACCAAAAAGUAUUUUUUUUAUUUCAUUUUUUUUUUAAAUACAUGUAUAUCUAUACAAUGCACGACAGCCACGUGCGUGAGAAUGUAGCAGACCAGAGCCCCAGUGUAUUACUGCCUAGUGCCUGCGGGGAUUCACCAUCUUACAUUGCCUUAUGAUUAACCAAAUAAAGUAUUUUCAUACAUGUUAUUGUUUUACAACAAGAGGAAAUGAAUGUAGUUUGUAAUUCAAACUUCUUGGAAGGUUGUUACCACUUAUCAAAGGAGAGAAAUAGAGACUUGGAGCAAAAAUCUGAGUUGUAUUUUUUUCUAUUACUCCCUGUUCCUUGCAUUGUUUUGCUUUUUUGUUUGUUCUCUUGCUUUCCUAUGAUAUGGUAAUGGUCUGAAUCUUCCAAACUUGCUGGACGGGGAAGAGUUUGAACACAUUUAGUUUGUACAUAGUAGGUACAGGGGAUUCGCACUAUGUACCUUUUUUGACUACUUUAUCAGAAGUAAAGCUUUUUGAAUGUAAUAAAAAA